ACUCAGUUGCUUGACGUCAACAUAUUCUCGCCAGCAUGAGCGCACCACAGAGCGUCUUCGUCGUCGUCUUGACCCAGGCCGACCUUCUGCGCACGGUGCUGAGCCACCAGCAUGGCGUGCCGAUGGCGGUCGGCCUUGCCUGCCAGCGCUACCGCCGCCAGCUCGGCCACGUCUCCCACAAGGCCCACCCUGAAGUCACGCAUCUCAUGUCGACGCCAGCGCGCUUCCAUGGCUUUGUCUUGUGCAAGCUCAUCCAAGACCGCGACGUUCAAACGGCUCUGGCCCUCCUCGCCACAUUCCCAGACGCCGCGACGCUCCAACUGCCACGGGGCAAGCAAACAUACACCUACACGAUGGACUACGCAGCGAGAGCGCGCAGCCUGCCGCUCCUAAAGGCGCUCCAUGCGCGACGGCUUGGGAGCUGCUCGAACGCGGCCAUGGACACGGCGGCGGCCAACGGCGACGUCGCGAUCCUGGAAUUCCUACAGGCCCACACCCACCAGCGCUGUACGCACAAGGGCAUAGCGGCCGCGCGGCGCAACAAGCAUCUCGACGUUCUCGCGCUUCUCGAAGAGGGACGCGAGCGGUGCCGAGAGCCCAACGAUAUGUCGGGCGCCCAGUUUGGCUUUGCCGUCUCGUGUGUCGUGCAAUAA